GGACACCAGCGCUAUAAUUCUCCAAUCGUGCAGGCGUAUCCCGCUAUAAUGGAUCUCUUUAUACGAGAAACCUCGCUGUUACGAAGGAAUCCUCCAUGAAUUUACCCCCUGCUCCCAUACAAAUGGCUCUCCCUAUAAGGGAUUUCGUUCAAAACCUCUCUAUAACGAACGGAAAACCCUGAACUCUUGGCAUUCGUUAUAGCGAACUGCGACUGUAUCAUAUACUCGAGUAUGGCCGCAAGAGGGGGAGAUACCUGGCCUCCGAACCUUAGAUCAGAAGCUCCCCUUUAGGGCAUCAAUGAGAACCCCCCCCCAGCUAUCGGACAUCUCCCCCCCCCACUCCAAGGUCUUCUAAUUCAGAAAACUGCUUCUCUUCCCCACUCUCCCUCACCAAUAUCCAUUUUCACUUCUUCCUCCUACUGAGAUUGCACAAAAAAAAAUGACACCCCAGGUCCUCGUGCUCAUAUCUGGCAACGGCUCUAACCUCCAGGCCUUAAUUGAUGCCUCCAGAGCGAAUCCUCCCACCCUCGAUGCCUCGAUAAUCCACGUUAUCUCAAACAAAAGGUCAGCCUAUGGUCUGAAACGGGCAGCCGACGCCGGCAUCCCAUCAACAUACCACAACCUUCUUGCCUACAAAAAGAAAAAUCCCGAGAAUCCCCAAGAAGCCAGACAGGCUUACGAUGCCGACCUCGCCAAGCUGAUCCUAGCCCAGACCCCCGAUUUGGUGAUCUGCGCUGGCUGGAUGCACAUCCUUUCUUCUGCAGCCCUCGAUCCCCUGGAGGAGGCUAAUGUCGACAUCAUAAACCUCCACCCUGCCCUACCGGGACAGUUCGAUGGUGCAAACGCAAUUGAGCGAGCCUACGAGGCGUUCCAGAGGGGGGAAAUCACAAAGACCGGUAUCAUGAUUCACUAUGUUAUCACUGCCGUGGAUAAGGGAACACCGAUCAUCGUGAGGGAGAUUGAGAUGAUUAAAGGGGAGAGUCUGGAGGAUCUAGAGAACAGGAUGCAUGCUGUUGAGCACAUUGAGAUCGUGAAUGGCGCAAGGAUGGCGUUGGGAAAACGGGAGAAAAAUAUGCAGACUAGCGAACAAUAAAACUGGGUUCGGUUUUUCUCUUUCUCUCCGUAGAAAUAUUAUUUCACUCUUAGCUC